CUUCGCGAUAAAAAUAGGAUGGACAGUGAAUUGCUUUGUCGGACUAGGACCUGCCUCAGGUGGCGACUCACCGGGUGAGGACGGGCAAACUCGUUCUCUUCACUUGUGGUUUCUAUAGCUCUGUCUGCGAAUCAGUGUCGCGAAAGAUUAAUGGCCACUGAAGAAGUAAAUAAGCCUCCUUCACUCCCUCCAUACCCGGAGAUGAUUUUGGAAGCCAUUGCAGUGCUCAAUGAGAAUAACGGAUCAAACAAGACAUCCAUAUCAAAGUACAUUGAAUCAAAGUAUGGGGACUUGCCAGCUGGACACUCUACGCUGCUCUCACAUCACCUAAAUAAAAUGAAGGAUACAGGGGAGCUUGUAUUUUGGAAAAAUAACUACAUGAAGGCAGACCCCAAUUCACCUCCCAGACGUGGUCGUGGCAGGCCUCCCAAGCCCAAGGAUCCAUUAGCAUCGGAUGCUGUCCUAACCUUGUCUAGGCCUAGGGGCCGCCCACCAAAGGACCCAAAUGCGCCACCAAAACCGGUGAAGCCAAAAGUGGCCACGGGUAGUGGAAAGCCAAGAGGAAGGCCUCGGAAGAUGGCGAAGCCAAGUGGAAGCGUGGUUGGUACUGCUACAAUCACAGUGGAGAUGGCGACAGGGACUGGGAGGCCAAGGGGUCGGCCUCCGAAGGUAAAGCCUGUUGUGAACGAAGUGAGUGUUGAAAAUUAGAAUCCGCAGUUUUUAGUAUUUGUGCAGUAGCUUCUGACCUCCUGUUGGUUUUAUGUGAUUGUAGACCAAUUGAUGUUGUUAGUUUUCAUGUAGAAUAGGUGAUGUUUUUAAGGUUUGCAGGAAUUUGACCGUUACUAGUGUUCUUUUAGUGGUUUGCUUGAUUGUUUUUCCUUCACAAUUGCACAUCCUUUUAUUUUUCUUCG